AUGAAGUUAUUGUCGAGCUUUUCGAUUUUCCAGCUUGUUUUUGCUCGAUUCGAGCUCGGAGGUGACUCGAGCCCAGCCACCAACGCCGACGAGGCCGAUGAAGGAGGCCUGGAAUGGCUUCGUUCUCGUGCAAGCUCAACUUCAAUCAACCUCUCUCAGAAACGCUCUAACUUGAUGCGUUUUCUUUGGCAGAAUCCUCUCUGCAGAGACAUCAACAAAUGCGAAUGCGGUGGUGAAAUCGGCGGCAAAAAACAGCUAGAAGGAACGAUUACCGUCGGAAACGGGGAGGAUGUCGAUGCGAGAUAUGAUCGCCGACAAGCCUGUAUGUGGCACAUUAGAGUUCCCGACAACUACACCAUCCACAUGCAAUUCGAUCGAGAGUACGGCUUCGACGUGGAAUACCACAACUUUUGCGGAUUCGACAAGGUCCACAUUCUCAAGGGACUUUUCGGAGCGAAUAAAAAUUUCGAAAAAAUUGCGCGAUUCUGCGGUCCGCGCAAAAAUUUCGAGCCGCUGCCAUGGGAUGGCAAGAGACGAAUCUAUCACAACGAGGGGGACAUGGACUUUUGGGACAGACCCUAUGAUAUCAAGAGCAACAAAGCAACUGUUGCAUGGGACGCUGAUCAAACGAAAGUGCACAAGGGCUGGAAACUCAAUUGGUGGGCAGUUGCUGCUGAGCCGAUGGAAUCCGAUCGUCUGGAAGAUAACACGAAGUUCGAUACAUUAGCCGGUGUGCUCCAUCUCCUUACUGGCAAGAUCCGCCCAUUGAUUCAAGCGCAGAUAACGCUUCCCGUGCGUGUCAAGCAAAACCAACUUCAGCACCUGAACAAUCUUCUAGGCAAGCUUGAAGACGCCAUUUCAAUCAAGGGCCCUCUUGGAUCCAAGAGCUGCUCAGACAUGGAAGACUGGCAGCCACCAUCGCAGAAAUUGAAGCAGAUUCUCGCUGAAGACCACACUCUCGAAGGCUGGCUCGCCGAAGAUGGCCCUAUCGUCCAAUACGCUGCUUACUACAUCGGCGAGUGCAAGAACUACAAGUGGGACAAGCGCGUCAAAAACGUUUACGCGAAAACCACGAAAAAUCUCGGUCGCGCUAGAAAGCCGAAAUUCUAA